CUGGCAAAGAAAUACCACCCUGAUACAAAUAAGGAUGAUCCUAAAGCUAAAGAGAAGUUCUCUCAGCUGGCAGAAGCCUAUGAGGUGUUAAGUGAUGAAGUGAAGCGGAAACAAUACGAUGCAUACGGCACGGCUAGCUUUGAUCCUGGCGCAGCAGGUGCUGGUGCUGGUCGGCAGUACUGGAGCACUGGUCCAUCGAUUGAUCCAGAAGAGCUUUUCAGAAAAAUCUUCGGGGAGUUUUCGGGAUCCCCUUUCGGCGAUUUUCAGAAUGUCUUUGACCAGCCACAGGAGUAUAUCAUGGAACUGACAUUCACCCAAGCUGCAAAAGGUGUUAACAAGGAGAUUGUGGUCAACAUCAAUGACUCCUGUGAGCGAUGCAAUGGUAAGGGACACGAACCUGGUACCAAAGCGCAGCGCUGUCACUACUGCAGUGGCACUGGCAUGGAGACAAUAAAUACUGGCCCUUUUGUAAUGCGAUCUACGUGCCGACGAUGCGGCGGUCGUGGUUCCAUCAUAACAACGCCAUGCGUGGUAUGUCGAGGAACGGGGCAAACCAAGCAAAAGAAGACAGUGAUGGUUCCUGUGCCAGCUGGCGUUGAGGACGGGCAGACAGUUCGGAUGCCCGUGGGGAAGAAGGAAAUUUUCAUUACGUUCAGGGUUCAAAAAAGUUCUGUGUUCAGAAGAAAUGGAGCAGAUAUCCAUUCGGACCUCCUUAUUUCAAUAGCACAGGCUGUUCUGGGAGGCACAGCCAGGUGUCAAGGCUUGUACGAGACAAUCAAUAUCACGAUACCCCCUGGUAUUCAGCCAGACCAGAGAAUUCGGAUGAGUGGGAAAGGCAUUCCCAAGGUUAACAGUUACGGCUACGGAGACCACUACAUUCACAUAAAGAUAAAAGUUCCUCAGAGGCUGACAGAUCGCCAGAGAGCCUUAAUGAUGAGCUAUGCCGAGGAUGAGGCGGAUGUGGACGGCACGGUGAACGGAGUCACAAAUACAGCAUCAGGGAAGCGUUCUACUGGAAACUAGAGCUAGCAGCAACAGGUCAUCUUUGCAGUUGGGGAUGAAUCUUUCUGGCAGCAGGCUCCGGAGAGCGAAGGAUGUCAGUCAGCAGCACCGUGAGAAUCCCAGCUGGGGAAGCUACGUACCACUGAGGCCCCAACAAUCAGCGUGAUAGAAAACCCACCCACCAUCCUACGACAUGGUAAUGAAGGAAAAUGCCAGCUUUGCAGAAAUGCGGCGCUCUCUUGAGGUUGCUCCACAGUCCCUACUGCUGCUGGAAGCUUACUUGGU